AUGGGAGCGCCUCAUUCGCUCCAUCAGAAAGUCAUUUUUGUGAAUAUAAAUAUCGUCGCUCCCACCACGUCUUCCACCUCAACGCCUCUCACCAAACCAACCUCACGCUCCACUCACCUCCCUCCCUUCAGAAUGAGCGUCUUUCAAGCACUCAGGCGCGCCAUUCGCAUUAAAGGUCCUAAAUCUCACGGAACAGGGUUUCAAUCAAAUCACACACCAAUCCACAACACACAACCCUUUCGCCACGUUCCCGUGAAAGAAAAACCCUACCGCGGUGAUCCACAACUUCGCAAGAAUGAAGACGCUGCACGUGUAGACAGGGAUAUUAAGGACUUAGAAGGCGAUCUGCUCGCCAUCAAGAUGAGACUGAAGGGAUGGGGAUACCAUGACAUCGACGUUUUGUGCCAGCUGGAGGCUAUGUAUGGGGCAUCGAGAGAGACGCUCUGGGUUCUGAACGACAUGAAGCGCAGGCUGAGGGAACAAAGGGAACGAAGAGAAGUUGGCAUUGGGGACAAAAGGGGCUUUAGAUUCUGCAACCUGUCGACCUCUGAACAAGACCUUGCGGAGAUGCACAGACGCAAGCUUCGAGCUUCAAAGUUCUUGGUUAAGCUUGAAGGGCCAUUGGACACGACGGCGGCUGUGGCACAAGCAGUUGAUCUUUCGUCGACUAUUGAAGAUGCUAUGGCUGCUGCAGACUCCUCAGGAAAGGCUGGCUCUUUCUUUGAGAUCAACAGUAUCAAUAAGGCCACUAUCGAAGCGUAUCUGAGGCCAAAGCCGAGCCUCACGACCUUUGUUCCAACAUUCAUCCCAUGCAACCAAGCGAGAAAGAGUCUGUCACUUCACUCACUACAUCCAACACUGGACAUCGAAUCAACGCUACCUCAUCGCCGACUAGAGCAAUUCUCUGAUACACCACGACAGGCGCAGAAUGAGUACCCUGUUUAG